UUUUUGAGAAAGAAGUUUAGUAUUUACUUACAGAACAUAAAAUAUAGGCAAAUCCAACAAAUUCAGUGGGCCGUUGCUGGACUUUUAAGCAUUUGAUAAUUAUAUGGGCCUUACAGUUAUUAUAACUGUCUCUCCCAUAACUAAAAGUAAAAACCGAUUUGACUCCCGGACCGAUACAUUCCCGCCGCCGUCGCAACGUUCCACUCGCCGUCGCAGCAAACAGUUCAUCUAUGGCUACAUCAGGACGCUCCCACGGCUCUACCACGGCGGCUUUAGCCUUUACACUCGCCGUAGUAUCUGUAUCCGCUGCCUUCUCGCGUAAUCUCUUUCUCUCUACCUCUCUGUCACUUCCUCUUCCCAAUACCUGUUAUUGAGCUGGUUUCGAGAAACUAACACUUUAUUGAGCAUGUUCUUGCGAAGUGUAUAGAUGGCGAAGACGAGAAGAAGAUUUGGAGAAUAGGAUCAAGGAAUUUGAGAAGUCUUUGGGAUCUACCUUGGAAAAAAGUGCUUCUGAGAGAAAAGGUCGAGUCAAAGCUCAGCAGGCUUUACGGGAGGCGUUAGCACAGACUGAGUCACAUGAUUUACACAGCACAAUAUACCCGAUGCGACCUAUUGGCACUAUCCAGUCUUGCUUCUCUACUAGGAACGGGACACCGAGGCAGCCAUUGCUUGUUUCUCUUGCGAGGGCAUGUUUGAUCUUUGAUCCGGCUUUGGUUCCUCCUGCGUCUCUUGAGGGUCUUGAAGAGUAUUCUCAUUGCUGGAUACUCUAUGUGUUUCAUCUCAAUACUGAUAUCGAGAAGCUAUGGAGAAAACCAUCUCAGUCGAAGCUCAAGGCAAAGGUGAGAGUGCCACGGCUAAAUGGGGAACGGAAGGGAGUCUUUGCUACGCGGUCCCCUCAUCGACCUUGUCCCAUUGGCCUCACCGUUGCUAAGGUGGAGGAAAUCCAAAAGGAUAAGGUUCUCCUCUCUGGUGUCGAUCUGGUGGAUGGGACUCCGGUGCUCGACAUCAAACCAUAUUUACCAUACUCGGACAGUAUUCAAGGAGCCUCAGUGCCAAACUGGGUAAAGGAGGACUGCUCAUUGGCUGUGGCUUCUGUGACUUUCUCAGAUACCUUCUCUUCAUCCAUCACCAGCUGCUGGAAACUGAUAGAAAAGAAGUCUCUAUAUAGUUCAGCAGAUGAGUUUAGGAGCUUGAUCACGCAGGUCCUGUCAUGGGACAUACGAUCAAUGUCGCAACGGAACAAGCCACAAGAUACAUUGGAUGAGGAAAUUGUUUAUCACUUGGUUCUGGAGGGACUAGACGUGUCUUACAUGAUAGAUAAUGAAAGUAAUAUUCUCGUUCAGGAUGUUUCUCUUCCCAAAAACCUGCAAGAUGUUGCAGGAAGCUGAUCUUUGUAAGAUUUUUAGUGGAUCCUCUGGACAUGAAAUUUCUAUAGAGUAGCUUCCCCUUGGCAAGAGCAUUCACCAUCUCUUACAAUAAAUAAUGUGAAAGUAUGACAAUGACCUUGGUAAGACAUAAACAGUUAAAACGUUUUAUAAUAAGAAU